UAGUCCGCUUUUGUUUUGUGUCAAUGCGGCGCUUGACAAAAUGGGCAUCCCGGCGGUCUUGAAGGUUUGGACAAGCAGGGUUCAAUGUCGCGUGCAUGGUUCCGUAGCAAAAUGGCAAAAGGGGUGCCAAGGCCGGCGACUCGUGCGAGACUUUUGGAGCCUGAGUUCCGAGGCGAACAGUAGAGUCGUCUAUUCACCGUUUACGUCCCUCCCUAUUUCAUGCCGCUUUUACACAGCCGAUCCACUGAGCAGCUCCGUACCCAUUUCUUCAGAAGAACGGCUACGGAAUAUCUUGACCAAAUCUGAGGCGCUUGCCCAAGAUGCGAGCGCAUUGGCGGACGCUCAGGAAUUUGCCAAGGCCGAGAGCCUAUUGGAAGGCGCAUUAGCCUUGAGGUCUAGAGCGUUCAAAGAGAUUGAAAAAACGACUGUUAUCAAUCUUGAAGACUUCAAUUUUGCCCAAGCGAAACUCAAGGCAUCUCUUGCUUACUCAAAACAGGCACUGUGCAAAUUCGCAGACGCAGAAGAGUUAUACAAGGAGGCGCUGCCGGUCUUCGAGCUGGUUGUACCAGACACUCGAGAUUUAGGCGCUCUUUUGCUAAAUUAUGCAGAACUCAUGUAUUCGUUGAAGCGAUACGAAGAGGCCAUCAAGCACUGCGAAAGGUCGUGCUCAAUUCUCCGGAAGUUUCACCUCGACGACGAGAUUUACGCGGCAGCUAUCAGCAACUAUUCCGGAUACCUGUGCUUGGUGAAGCGCUUCUCAGAAGCCAAGCCCUAUUCGGCGCAGGCCCUCAAAAUUUUUGUGAAAAAGCUGGGAAAGCGAAAUGACUACACAAAAAAUGCCUGGAGCAACUACUACUGCAUUCUCAAAGAGCUUGGCCUCGAUGAGGAGGCGAAGGACUUAGAGACGGACUGGCAUACACCAGACGUGGCUCCCAUGUCUGAGAAGAUGACAGAGAAGCAGUUGGCUGCACUGAGAAAAAAAGUGGAGCAGCGCCUGUACGCACACAAACGUGCUGAUGUGACUGGGCAUAUCAAAGAUUCUGAAUUUUACCAGAAAGAGCUCAACACAUUUUUCGAGCAGUGGAGGGAGCGCGGUUUGGAUUUGGAAGAUCCCGCGCACGCUAAGGUGAUCGAAAAGGAGCUGGACGCACUCAGAAGGGGCAAGCAGGAGGCCGAGCGCGCUUUUCGGUCGGAGACUCAAUCGAUGGUGGAAACAGUGAACAAUUUUGGCACCGACUGGGAGGAACUGGUGAAGGAGCUGAGUUCGGUGGAGAACCUUGCAAAGGAAAUUGACGAAGAAGUGCACAAGGAGAGGAUGAGAACUCACGAGGAGACUUUGAAGAAGCAGGCCGGGAGCGGAGGAGAGAAUGAAGGAUCGGAUUCAAAAGCAGAAAAGUUGUAGAGCUUGAAUGAGAAGAGAGCGUGGGCGGGGACGAGCAAGGGCGUCUACGGCGAGAGCUUCAAAGGAUGUAGGUUUGAAAAAAAAAAAAUUACAUUUACAGGCGUAGCGAUGAUAUAGGGAACUGGUUGAGUGUGUUUUUUUUUUUUGCAGUUAUUUUUUCGAGAUACAGGUCGCUUGAAAUUUUUCUCUUUUGUAUACUGGUAGCCCGUAGCAGACCAGAGCGGCCGCGUUCAAGUACUUGAAUUUGAUUUCUUUUAUGGAUCGGGCGAGCGAGAUGAUGUGAGCCAGAGAGCGUGAAUCGUCGUCUUCGUCUUCGCGAUUGCCUCGAAUCCACUGGAGGAUUCUUUGAGUUUCCAAAUCGAGGUCGCCGGCGGUGACGGACCACAAAUUCCCGACCAAACACUGGGUUCCGGAAAUGAUGUAGGAGAAGGCCAGGCUCGACGGCUCGAAUUCGGCGUGGUCGUCUAUCUUGAGACUCGCGCAGCCCAUCAGCAGUGCUACGCAUCCGCCGACUCCUGACUCUAUUUUUUGAAUAUCGCUACGAGAAAGGUAGUGCUCGCCGGCGUUGUGUCCGCAGUAGAUGAAAAGUUGGUGGCGAGACAGCGCGUCUUCGAUUUCCUCUUUUUCAGGAAUUUGAUUCACGAUGCCCUUCCAUUCGCAUUCUUGCUCGAAGAUCGGACUCAACAGCUCUUGAGUCCGUUUCAGGUCGCCCCCUGGGUUCAAAACGUAGAAGGUUUUGUCGGUUUGGAGGCCGUCUCUCAGGAUGUUGGAGGGUGAGCGGGGGUGCAAAUGAGCCAAAAUCCACGCGCGCAUGAAAGCCAAGCUUGGCAUCCGCGAAAUGGGGGCGCAGCAAAGUGAGGGAAAGGAUUCCCACGGCAGCCGAUGGAGCUGCUUGUCGAGUAUCAGAAUCGUCGGAUGGCGAGGAACUUGCUCAAUUUUUUGCAUCAUGACGGCCUUUUGAGAAACGACAUACUUGAAUGAGGAGGACAAACGAAUCCCCAAUUGACGAAAGUCGCCUAAAACGCCGUUGUACGUGCUCACCAGCAGGCUGGAUGCCAACUUGAGAAUAUCGGAUUCUUGAGCCGCGCCGCGAACGAGCCUCCAUUUAUAGCUGCAGCCAUCGCCGCGCGUCACCGCCUCCAUUCCAAACAGAUAGGCCAGCGCCUCCUCGAGCUGAGCGGGCGUGAGCACGUCCACUCCAAACAAAAUCGCGCGAAGUAAGCUUCUGCUGAUGAUAAAAUCUGGA